AUGACUAACUAUGACUGUCACAACUGUAAAGGACGAGAUCCUGCCAACAUCAAGUGGGGUGAUGCUGGUGCUGAAUAUGUUGUAGAGUCCACUGGUGUCUUCACAACCUUGGAGAAAUCUGGGGCUCACUUGAAGGGUCGUGCCAAAAGGGUAAUCACCUCUACCCCUUCUGAUGAUGCCCCCAUAUUUGUGAUGGGCAUGAACCACAAGAAGUAUGACAACUCCUUCAAGAUUGUCAGCAAUACCUCCUGUACCAACAACUGUUUGGGCCCCCUGGCCAAGGUCACCCAUGACAAUUUUGGCAUCGUGGAGGGACUCAUGACCACAGUCCCUGCCAUCACUGCCACCCAGAAGACUGUGGAUGAUCCCUCACAGAAACUGUGGCUUGAUGGCCAUGGGGCUGCCCAAAACUUCAUCCCUACAUCUACCAGUGUUACCAAGGUUGUGGGCAAGGUCAUUCCUGAACUGAAUGGGAAACUCAUUGGCAUGGCCUUCUUUGUCCCCACUCCCAAAGUGUCUGUCGUCACCUGCCUGACCUGCCGCCUGGAGAGAGCUACCAAAUACAAUAACAUCGAGAAGGUGGUGAAGCAGGCAUCAGAGGUACCCCUAAAAUGCAUCAUGGGUUAUGCUAAAGACCAGGUCAUCUCCUGUGACUUUUACAGUGACACCCACUCUUCUACCUAUGAUGCUGUUGCUGACAUUGCCCUCAAAGACCACUUUGUCAAGUUAAUUUCCUGGUAUAACAGUGUAUUUGGCUACAGCAAUGGGGUGGAGGAUCCUAUGGUCCACAUGGCAUCCAAGGAAUAA